AUGACAGCGAAAGACUUCAAAUCUUCUGAGGAAGAAUACGCUGCCCAUAAUGCAACACUGCAGGCGCAUGAGAUGGGCUGGAACUGGAAGAUCGUCAUGAACUUGAUCGUUGUUGGUCUCUCGCUCGGUCUUUUCGGCUAUGAUAACGCCUUCGCCUCACCACUGGUGUCCCUGCCGCUCUUUGUAGAGAAGUAUCAAGGUCCAGGAUAUGACGGUAGCCUUGUUUUCACGGCGCGCAAUCUCGAUUUAGUGAUCAGCGUACCUCUCGUCGGCGCAGCAUUCGGUGCUUUCUCUGCCAUUCCUCUGCAGCAAUAUCUCGGGCGUAAAUGGGCCUUUCUCAUUGCAUAUGGCACGAUGUGUAUCCCCGGCUCGAUCCUGCAGCUUUUUGCCCCAAACAUUGGCGCCCUUGUUGUGGGCCGAUUCUGGAAUUAUUUUGGCAUCAGUGUCGUCACCAAUAUUGCACCCAUCUACCUAUCGGAACUUGUUCCGGCACAACUCCGAGCCCGAGCAGUAGGCUUUACUAUUGCAGGGAGUGGUGCGGUAUCCGUCAUCGCCACUGUCGUUGUAUGGGCCUCGGAGAAGCUUAAAGAUAAAAGACAGUAUAUGAUUCCAUUGGGGAUUCAGGCAGUGGCACCGGUUAUUUUACUGUUUCUGUCACUGUUUCUUACUGAGUCGCCUACCUGGCUGCUCAUGCACGGCCGUGACGAAGAAGCGAAGAGAAAUCUGACUUCACUACGCGGCGGUAAUGCUACCCUCGCUGAAGCCGAGUUAGGGGUUGUCAAGGUCGCGCUGCGAUCAAACGACGAGCGCAGAAGUACCGUCAAAUGGUGGGAAAUUCUCAAGUUAGAAAACCUGGAGCGCACCAUCUGCUCUGCAGCGCUGUUAUGCCUUUCUCAAGUUGGCGGCCAGAUUCUUGUCGGCACCUACUCGACCGUCAUUUUGGUCCAGAGUGGUGUGGCCGAUCCCUUCAAAAUCACUGUCAUCAUCUUCCUGUUACAGUUUGCCGGGACACUUGUGGGACCAUUGCUUCUGGAUAAACUCGGGAGACGGACGGUUGCACUGCCAGGAUACGUUCUCCUUUUGAUCUUGGAUAUCGCGGCCGGGGCUAUUGCAUGCGCGGGGCUCUCGACCAGCGGGCAACAGCUGGGGCUUGCUGCGCUAUGCAUGAUCUUUUCAUUUGUGAAUUCUAUCGCUUUUCAAUCAGUGAUAUACGUCCUCCCAACCGAGAUCCCAACCACAAAGCUACGCGAAUCAACCAUGACUUGGUCUGUAUUCUGGUCAUACUCAACGGCAAUUAUGACCACCUUCGCAGUUCCGCAACUGACAAGCGCCGAUGCGCCCGAGACUGCGAAUCGAACGCUCGCCGAGAUUGAUGAGCUAUAUGCGGCACGAAUUCCCAAGCGAAAGUGGAAAGGGUUUCAGACGACAGGCACUACCGCAUUAGACAACGGGCUGGAGAUUUCAUAA